UGAAUAAUUUAGUAAAAUAGUUUCAUAAUGUUUCAGUGAGUAUUUAACGACAAUUCUAUGUGGACAACAACUGCAGUGCUCUAAAAUACAUUUCCUUCACUUGGCUGGGAGUGUCGCUCUGAUGCGCUGACCUUCGUUUUGAUGCACAACGCACAACAAAGCAUCAAAUUGACGGCUGCCCCAUUUUCACAACAAUCUUUCGAUUUGUUAUUACUUAUAUAUUUGUGCAAUGUGCAUCUUAUGAUACAUCGUCGGGAGAUUAACACUGGAAUUUAUGUGCUGUGGUACAUAUGUGAGAAGCUAAACGAUAAUGGAAUCGGCGGCUACGCAAACAUCCAUUGCAGUGUGUCACAGUCACAGUACAACAGUGAAGACUUUCUUUUUAACUUCUAGCGGACCUGGAAAAAAGUAAUACCGUAUUGAUAGAACAACAAUCAAAAUGAACGAAAGGGACAUUCCUAGUGUCCCUAUCACCACUUUAGCAGGAGUAGCCAGUUUGACUGACUUAUUACCAGUGUUACCACUUCCAACACCUCUACCAUCUACCCUUAACAAUAAAUCACAACUCUUCCACCCACGAGUCGCUGAAGAGGCCGCCAUCUUACUUGCUACUCAAGAUGACAACUUGGUUUCAUUAUUGCUGCAGUCUCUUAUGCAAACAUCUGUCCAACAUAUAGACCUCAAGGAUGAAAGCAUACCAAAUGCAAUCAGUCCUGCCCCUGAACAACAAACUCCAGAAUUAUUAAAAGCUAUCUUACGUGUCAACCCAACUGUGUUUGAAAAUCAAAGCCAGAGAAAUCACUGGGGUAACCAUGUGAAUACCUCAAAGUUUAAUGGAUUGUCACCUUCUGCUUCUUACAACUAUGCAUCACACAGUAAUGUCCACUCCAAUCCUUCUUCACAUGGUACAGCAGUGCACUCCGCCAUUUUGAAUCAACAGCUCCUGGCGCCGCCUUGCCAGUCCUCUCCUCACGUGAAUAUGGCUUCUCCCCCUUCGCAAGCCAGGCCAGGCAGCCAAGUAAACAUUACUGCUCAGAACAAUGUAUCACCAGUCUGGAACCGUGGUAACUCUUCCAAUGUGUACACCAGUCCAAUAUCAAACACGUCUACCCCACAAAAUGGUGGUUUCUACAAUAGCCUAAUUCAGGACAGGAGUUUUGAUACAAAUAUUGCUGAGGAGAAAGAUCCAUUGUCAAUGUCGCCAAGAAACGUGACUGACCAGCAAAGGCUAAUGAUGCAAUCUCAGGAUAAAAGUUUUCAAGAUGGCAAUGUGAUGACUGGCCAAUCGCCUGCGCAAGCUAGUGUGGCGCCGUCGCCGCUGCGCCAAGAGCCACAAGUGCCUCAACCGUCAAUGGGCGCACCGUAUGCGCCAACGCAACCCCAAAAUACCACUGACAAGGAUCCUGCGAAAGGCGCAAAUUCCGUUAAUAGCAGAUUUCCUGUUGUCAAAAUUGGACGCCUUUCUGUAAGGGAAGGGAUACUCAAGAAACAUGAGUUUUCUUCUGGUGAUGAGAGAUCAAGGAAAAAUAGUACAGUAGAAUCAGACUCUGAUGAUAACAUACCUCUGAAACCCAAGUCGAGUGUCUUAGUGCCACCUGUCGAUAAGGAGAGAGAAGCUAUAGACAUCGCUAGAGAAAAGAACUGGGAAGCGGUUAAACGAAAACACGAGGAAGCCAGUAAAAAGGAAGAAGCCGAAGCUGCUAUAGUACGACCGAAACUCAGGAAGGUCGAACGAAGAUUAGUACCUGUUCUAGAAAUGUUGUCGGUAGAUGAACUUAUGGAGACCAACACUUAUCAGAAAUUUAACAAGUUGAUUGAAUCCGUCUUUGAAACUAUUGAGGAUGAUGUCAUUAUUACUGAUGAAAUGGAGGGCACAGAUAUACCAGAAGAAUUACUCCUACCACGUUAUCAGCUUCAAGAACUAUGUUCCGAAGCGGCAAAGCUGAAGAACCUGGGUGCUAUGGGAUCUAUCCCUUCCGACAGAUUAGUUCGGCUAUUAAACUUGCUGGAGAAAAACAUAAGGGCUGCGGAAAAGAUGUCUUUGGUUGGAGACCCUGAGGACAGUGAAGAAAUGCGACAAAUAUGGAUCGAAUCAGCGCUCGAGCGAGUUAUGUGUGCGUCUGAUGCUUGCUUAACGGCCCUGUACAUAAUGACGUCACCGAGCAUGCCCAAACGGGUGUUCCUAGAGGACGUGAUAGAUAGGAUCGUUAUGUUCAUAAAAUUCCAACUCAAUAACACUAUUUACUGUGUCUACGAUCCCGUAUAUAGCAUUCAGACCACUUCUAAAAAGAAAGGCAAAGUGGACGGUCGCAAGCGGCGCGGCGGCGGCGCCGGCAACGUCUCACGGCGGUACGGCGGCGGCUCAACGCGCGCUGUUCGAGAACUAUACACUCACGCGCAUGAAUGUGUUACAUUACUCGCCGAGUUGCUAGCCGCUCAUCACUUAACAGAUACCACCGUGCUCCAUGCCUCGACGGUUGGAGUGUCCCCUUUCUUUGUAGAAAACGUCAGCGAGCUACAGUUGUCUGCGUUGAAGCUUGUUACAACAAUAUUCACAAAAUACGAGCAACACCGGCGUCUCCUGCUAGAAGACAUUCUAGCCUCCAUAGCGCGCAUUCCAAGCUCGAAACACAAUCUGCGAUCGUUCCAACUCAACUCGGACCAGCACAUCCAGAUGUUGACAGCACUAGUGUUGCAACUCGUGCAGUGUGUUGUCACCCUGCCUGAGACACUUUGCAAGACUCAGGAUAAGGCUAAAGAUAAGGAACAAGGAGAAAGUGACAAUAAAAAACACAUGGACAAAGAUCUCAUGAUAAUAUCAAAAUACGAGGCAGCGAUCAGCGUGGGUGGAACAUUCCUCACGUCGUUCCUGAACAAGUGUCGCAGUCGCAACGAAGAGGUUGACUUCCGGCCCCUGUUCGAGAACUUCGUGCAUGAUCUUCUGACCACUGUCAAUAAGCCCGAGUGGCCUGCCACCGAACUGCUGUUGAGCUUACUUGGGACUAUGCUAGUGAAGUACAUGUCCGACAAAUCAAUGGAGAUGUCAGUACGGGUGGCGUCGUUGGAAUAUUUGGGUCUGGUUGCAGCGAGGCUGCGGCGGGACAGUGUCCACUCGCGUGCAAAGUUGUCCACCAUGGACGCCGUCGUACGGGACAUCCGCGCCGAAGAGGAGAAAGAUGGAAACCAAGCACAAGGCCUUACCUCCGGUCUUGAUGAGGACGAAGAAAGAACUGAAUUCCUACAACGAGUACUCUUAGACUACCUGGCUAUAAACGGUCAAAAAGACCAGGCGUGGAACUGUUCGCGGCAUUUCUACAUUACACAGUGGUACAGAGACAUGGUAGUUCAACCAAAGAGCUCAUCGCCGACUAAAAAGAAAAAUAAAUCCAAGAAACGGCAUAAAGAUGACACCAGCGAAGAAGAGUCUGACGCUGAUGACGACAGCGAUAGCGGCAUCAAAGAAUCCAAAUCUGAUAAAAAGCAUGCCACGAGCGCUAUUGUCUCAGCCGAGAAGUUCAAGAUCAUUCAACGGCGGAAACAUUUCCUUUUAGACAAAAUUCGACCGUUUAGGUAUCAGGGUGGGACCCAAGUACAAGUUAUGCAAUCUUAUAUAGACUACAGUGGAGCAGAGUUGAUCUCGCAAUAUUUGGCCUCUAAGAGGUCGUUCUCGCAGAGUUUCGAUAAAUAUCUGCGGAAAAUAUUGGUGAUAUUAUGUGAAAAUACGAUAGCGAUUCGCACUAAGGCGAUGAAGUGUCUCGCUAUGAUCGUGGAGGCGGAUCCUUCAGUGUUGGCGAGACCUGAUAUGCAGAUUGGUGUGAAUCGAUCGUUUCUAGACCAGUCGACCGCAGUGCGGGAGGCUGCCGUCGAUUUGGUCGGGAAGUUCGUGCUCAGUCGGCCCGAACUCAUCGACAAGUAUUACGGAAUGCUCUCGAAUAGAAUAUUGGACACUGGUGUAUCGGUGAGAAAGCGUGUGAUAAAAAUCCUCAAAGACAUUUGUAUAGAAUGCCCCGAGUUCCCCAAAAUCCCUGAGAUUUGUGUGAAGAUGAUUCGGCGGGUGAAUGAUGAGGAGGGUAUUAGAAAACUGGUGAUGGAAGUAUUCCAAAACAUGUGGUUCAGUCCUUGUCCAAACUCGACACGGCCAGGCAUGCUUGACAUGACCGCAGCCGCCGCAGACCCGCUCACGAGGAAGGUCCUCAACAUCACAGACGUCGUCAUAUCGUCCAGAGAUAUAGGGCUGGAAUGGUUCCAGCAGCUACUUAUGAGCUUAUUUAAACCAAAGGAGGACAAGGACGACUCUACAAAAAUUAUAUAUCAGCCGCCUAAAUCGCUUUUAGUAGCGUGCCAGCAAAUAGUGGAUUGCCUUAUUGAAAAUUUGCUGCAGUUGGAAGAAAGCAGUGCUGAAGGUUCUGGAUCGUCACAACGCAUUUUAGCGUGUCUGUCCACGCUGCAUUUAUUUGCGAAAAUCAGGCCGCAGCUGCUCGUUAACCACGCGUUAACGUUGCAACCAUACCUCAGUUUGAAAUGCCAGAACCAGUAUGAACAACAAAUAAUGUCAACGGUGGCGGCCACACUUGAGUUAGUUGUACCCCUUAUGGAGCACCCUAGUGAAGUGUUUCUAGCUCAACUUGAAGAGGAUGCAGUGAAAUUGAUAUUACAACGGGGACAACUAGUAAUCGCUUCGUGCAUCGCCUGCCUUGCCGCCAUUGUGAACACUCUUACGCACAACUACAAACUUAUCAGGGAUGUGUUUAACAAGUAUCAUGGCGUCCUACUCCAAUGGAAGCACAGUUGGCAACGCAACCCGGAUGUGACGCGGACGGCGCACACGCGGCCGCAUUUCCGGCGCGCGCUAUUUAUUGUAGGACUAUUGCUGCGCUACUUCGACUUCACUGACCCUCAAGUCAUAGAAGGGUUGCCGAGUGACAUAAAGGAACAAGUGUACAACUCCCUUAUGUUCUUCGUUGGCCUGGAAGACGAAGACUUUGUGUCCAACACACUUAAAGCUCUCGGCUCUGUAUGCGUGCGGCAUUACGAGUUCAUGCUACGGCCAGAGUUAAAAGAGUUCUACCACCAACUACUGACGUCAGAACUGGCACCUGUUGAGAUGAAAGUAGAUGUUUUGCGGAACAUUGAAAUGUACUUGCAAGAAGAGGAACAAAGAAUGAUUAGACAGGAUAAGGAAUGGUCAAAACGAUCGAAGCAUGAGAACUUGAAGGAAAUGGGUGACGUAUCUUCCGGAAUGGCGUCAACUGUGAUUCAGUUAUAUCUGAAGGAGAUCUUAGGGGCAUCACUACACUCCAGCACUCUGGUCCGCUCCAGCGCUAUGAAGGUCGUACAACUUGUACUGGCUCAGGGUCUUGUCCAUCCUGUACAGAUCGUUCCGUACUUAAUAGCAAUGAGCACGGAUUUAGAAGUGACAGUAUCGCACGUCGCCGACAAAAACCUACAAGAGAUCGAUAAAAAGUACCCAGGCUUCAUUCACAUGAAGGCUCAACUCGGGAUCAAGCUCUCCUACCAACUGCAGAAGAUUCUGCAGACUGGGUCCAAGAACAAAGUUAUACGUGGAUUUAGGAAAAAGGAGCAAGAUGAUUUACCAAGCGCGCUCAACGGUUUCUUGUAUUCGCUUCUACGGAACACGAGACCGCAGCGGCGGGCGCUCAUCUUAUCCUUACUUAAACAGUUCGACGAUGUCUCCACCGCGCCCUUGGAUCAAAUGUUGUAUCUAGCAGAUAACUUAGGAUAUUUCCCGUUUCAAGUGCAAGACGAACCCCUGUUCAUAAUACACCACAUCGACAUUAUCAUUUCCACCUCAGGAUCUAAUUUGCUGCAGCAUUUUCGUGAAGGACUGAACAAACCUCAAGCAGAAGAGCGCGAGCCGUUAGACGAAGAAGAGGACGACGAAGUGGCGGAGACGUUGCUGGCUCAGCUGCCGGCCGACACGCGGCCCCUGCGCGACGCCAUGCGACAAGCGCGCGGCUGUCUGCUGCUGCUCGUGCUGAAGCAGCAUCUCAAGCAGUUGUAUGGAUUCACCGACGCAAAAAUCAAUCAAUAUUCUCCGUCGGAGGCGGCAAAGGUGUACGAGAAAGCGAUAUCGCGGCGGCAUGCGCCCGUGUUCGAGCCAAAGGCCACGAUCGCACAGCUCAAGGAGUCCAACGAGGACGACGAGUUCGACGAGCUCGACGAACGCGGCCGCCGGCGGCUCGUCGACGACUACCUCGAGUUGAAGCAGCUUAUGCUAAAGUUCGACCCCGAGGAGGAGGAGGACGAGGAGGCCCAGGCCGGCGGGGCCACUGCCACCGCUACCGCCAACGCCAGCGCCGGCACGAGCUUGGGCGCGGGAGCCGCAGGGGGCGCGAAGGGCGGGGGCGCCGACCCCGCGCCGCCCCCGCCCGCCACCUAGCCGACGCCCCGCGGCACCGCCCGAUAGACUCAAUACUUAUACAGUGUAUUAUAGUGCUUGCCGGCGUUGCUCCGAUGAGAGCUAGGUGUCGCCCGGCUUCUUUCGUUGAGAAGACUCGAUUUAUGUUCUGGAUUAUUUAUUUCCGUCGGGGCCCCGCACAGGCGGAGGCGCCGCGGCAGGCGACCGCUAAGACCGUUGUUGUACAUUAUACCGGCGGCCCGCCGGCCGCGCCCGCCUCCCGCGGCGAUCUUAAAUACUUUAUAUUAGUUAUAUUUGAGAAACUCGAUUUGUUUUUAUAUUAAAGUCUUGUGUGUAGAUAAUUUUUAUGAAGAAUAUAAAGUAUAUGUAACAACAGUGAUGUCUGUCUUUCGCAUUCGAUUAUUCCAGUUUGUGUUGUUUGAAUGUCGUAUAGUUGCUGAAUCUAUUUUGUCAUUCGAUUGGUGUAAGAGAUUUUUUCGGUGGUUAUACCGGUAUCCGGUUGGAUGAAAAGAACGUGUGUGAGUGUUGGGCGAAGUGCGAAUGAUUUGCCCCUGCUGACACAGAAUUAGAACAAAUUCUGCAUAAUUUAUGCACAUUAUAAUUUUGUGUACCGGAAAUUAAUUUA